UGGAUAUUAUGCUCCUUCAUGUGGCUAUAAACUCUAUUGGUGUGAUGCCACGUGCAAUCUGUCCGGACGACCUCAUACUGGCAUGUAUGAAUGAUAAAGCUGGUGCUCCUGCAAACAUCAACAACAAGUCAAACGCAGCGUUUGUUCCUCAGAGAAAGAUUCGUUUUGGCUUGAGCAAACAAUAAUCGGUAUUUUCAGUUUUGUUAGUUCGGGAAAUUGAUUUAAUUUAGUCCAGUCUGGUAUUUUCUCUUCGCUGCCAUUGGAGAACAACAAAACACUCAGAUGACAUGGACGUGAAUCUCUAAGCCGGUUCUUUUACGCAUUUUUGAAGAUCUUUUGGAUAUCUUGAUCAAUUUUAUCUUGGAUAAUACAUUGAAUCGAAACUUGAAAAGUGCACAAAGGGGAAACGAAAUCAUACUCAAGAGUCUCAGAAUUUCAAAGAACUGUUUACAGCAAAAGGAAGUUUACUCUGGUAAGCAAGAAAAAGUGCCUUUAUCGAUCAUAAAAAUGAGGCUAUUAAACGAACAACAAUCAAAAUGAUUUACCGAAUUCUUAGAAUGUUUUGUUCAAGUGCUGUUAAAAUCGGAUUUGCCUGCCAAAACACUUUCGUCUUACGAAAAAGAAGUUGUUAGACCAUGCAACAUGUUGUCGAUGUCAACUUUCACGUGUCACAUUCACUUAUGCCCUUUGUUUUGCUUGCUUUAUUGUACCAUUGAUAUUUAAACAUUUGCUCAAAAUGAUGCCUAAAAAUCAUUUUGUGCUUGUACUCGAAAAAUUUCUAAUAAAUUCGAUAACUGCAUAGAAUCUGCAGGCUGUUUUGAUUUGAGAAUCAGAUUUAUAGGAUAGUUGAAAACAUUCUCCUAUUGAUCAUUUUUCCUUCAGCGUGCUUUCAUUUUAAUCAAAAGUGCCUUUAAAUUCUUCAUAAAAUUAUUCAUAACAAUUAUGUUACAUCCUUAUCAGUGGAAAGAAGACACUGAGCAAAAAGAAAAUAAACUGACAAGAAAAGGUGACAGAAGAAGAAGCAGAUCGUACAACCUAUCUCCAAAGCUCUCUAAAAAUGAAAUAUCCUGAUCUACUUGAAUGCCGUGUUGCCAUUGUCACAACAAAAUAUUUCUACACAGUAAUCGUGACAUCAGUUCUAACUGUACUCCUCUCAUUAUUUGCAAUUUUUGGAAAUUUGCUUAUUAUAAUUGCCAUUGCAAGAAAUAAACGAAUUCAGUCCCAGUCAAACGUCCUUCUCGGAAGCUUGUGCUUAUCUGACUUAUUGAUUGGGAUUAUGGUCCAGCCAAUAUACGUUGCGAGGGGAAUCCUUGAAGUUUUAGGCAAGACAAAUGGUCCAUACUGCACAUUGCAAAAAGUUCACAUAUUCUUUGCUUACUUUGGUGUUGGAGCAUCAAUCACAACUAUGGCGAUAGUGAGUGUCGAUAGAUGGUUCGCCAUUUGUCGUCCGUUUCUUUAUAGAGAGUUUCAAAGCAAAGGAAAGUGCUUGACUGUCAUAGCAAUAGACUGGUCCAUUUUGUUGAUAUUAAUGCUUACUCCAUACCUUGGCCUAAGGUCUGUGGCAAUUUACAUUGGGGCUGCGCUGGUAAUGGUUAUAUCGAUUACUACCAUAAUAGCUUGCUACAUUAGUAUCUACUUCGUCAUAAUACGACACAAAAGGAGGAUAUCAGAGCAAACCGUAUCACAGGUGGAGGCGUCGGAUGAGCGAAGCCAACGACCUGAAGAGAGACGAAAAACAAACACAGUCGCCAUUUUAAUAGCAGUCUUGUUUGUCUGUUACGUGCCACAUGUUGCCUGCAUCAGCUACAAGUCAUUUUCCGGUCAAAAAAUUAUCAUUAUCAGCAAAGUUGUCGAGACAAUUAUACUUAUGAACAGUUCGAUAAACCCAGCUAUAUACUGUCUUCGGAUGAGCGAAAUUAGGUCUGCCGUCAAGAACUUACUGAGAAAGAUAUUUUUCAAGUCAGAGGAUAAUGUUUUGUCGUUAGACGCAAGGAAACACCAAAUGGCAGGUAGGGAGAUCUCUUCAAAGUUAUCGAGAGGUCAGUGAUCUUCAAGGCUUGUAACUUGUAUUAAGAGGAAACUUACAGAUUGCUGUUCUUGGACCGAACUGAAUGACUGGUUUUGAUAAAAAGGGAAUGCUGAAUGGUGAUAUAGCUCUUACAGCAUCAAGCAUAUGCUGAUUCAGAUCAUGCUGUGUACUGCUGAUUCAGAGUGGUCUUCUUUAGUCAGCUGCUUGGUGCUAUCAUUAUGAUGAUCAGUGAUCGUCAAAUCAUAUUCACUUACUAUAGAAAAAAGGUUUCUUUGACUGAUUCAAACAACGCAUAGGGAAAGAUUAGAAAAGGAUUACUGAAUUCUGAUUCACGGUGUACUUCUACUUUCUUGUUCUUGUGAAAUAACGACGUAACAUUUACUUGGAAAAUCAUUAAUAAAAAACUUGUGGUAUUAUUUGCCUCCAUAAAUCAUUGCACGAAUAUAUCUGGAUUGUUUUUGAUUAUUAAAUUCUGAUUUUUUAAGAUCUUUUUGAGGCAGAAUAAAACUGCAAACGUGUAAUUAAAUUAUGGUCACCAGUAUUUUUUCCAAUUUUGAGUGUUAGCAAGACAAGGUUUUCAAUAAAAAAGAGGCAUUGACGUAUGAAAUUAAGACAACAACAGGUUUAUGUACAUUACAAUAUUUACAAAGAGUUUGGCGCAAAAAAUGCAUUCAAUGUGCAACUGAGGCUCCACGUUCCCAGCUGUACAAGGUGGUUUGUAUCAUCUCUGGCGGCAUGGGGACGAUUUCAUGAUUCGUAAUCUGUCAUCUAGCGACUGCCAAGACUGCGUCCAUGUACCAGCCAAGGCAUUCGCAAGUAAAAUAAACUUUGAUCUAUUUUUCAAUACGUUUACAAGCUUUUCGCAGCAAUGGAGGUUUUCCAGCGUGUCUGUAGUUUUGAUAGAAUUCUAUGAGCUGUUCGAGCGACUGAAAUCGAGGCCCAUGCUCAAGGCCGUAAAAGACUUGGCCUUCACCAACGGCCUACAAUCAAGAAAAGGGCACAUGAUUAUCGAAAAUGCUUUUUAAAAUUCAAUGCUGCAGCAAAAAAGAUUUUAUUUACAAGAACAGUUUCUGAGUUACAAUUUACUUGCAUUAAUUUAAACAGGAAUGGAAACAGGCAAAGCCUUGAUAACACUAACUCGAAACGGGUCCGGUGCUCAGCUGCAAAAAUCAAACUGCAAACAUUUGAACAGUAGAUGUACAGGACAAUCGGCAAUCGGGAAAAACUUUUUUCUUUAAACACGUGGCAUUUGAAUGUUCGAAACAGCACGACGAAAACCGCCAAACAUGGCUAUGGGACUAAAUCAAGCUUUUUGCAACUAGCUUUAUGCAACUAGCUAGCAUCAAGCAAUAAUUUGCUGGAGUUUUCAUGAAAUAGGGGAAAAAAAUGUCAUACUUUGAAGACUUGAUGAUGGAGAAUCUUUUUUUUCUUCACAAGACUGAUGACAUGGACGCCAGCUGACGUACAGCUCUCUCGGACCAAAAACAGUCUGAAAUAAAAUUAAUGCUCUGUAGAAACAAAUAUAUAAAUUUCAACAUUAUGUAGACACUGAAAAAGCUUUCGAAAUGAAAAUAGCUUUCGAUUUGGAUGAAGAAAAUGUGAAAUUCACUAACCCUUCUUCUAGGCCGCCGCUUCGAAGGAGCUUUGCAGCUUGCUCUCUUUCCAAUUUCCCAUGAAACCAUGGUUUCUCUGGAGCAUAAUAAUCAGAAUUAAAAAUCUAAUUAAAAACAACAAAUUAAAACCUCAGAGGAUCUGAACCGCUAUUCAUUCAUGUUUGAAUACGUAGUGCCUGUAAGGAAAUUCAAUAUGAAUGGGAAAACCAGUAGAGGCAAUGUUGGAAGCAUGAAGAAAAGAGGUUUAAUAUUAUCACAAUUAAACAAGAACCAGAAUCUUUUGUUUCUAGUUAUCCAUGCUUGCGAAAAACUGAUUAAGAUUGUUUGCUGUUUGACACAAGUAUCUAUGUAUCAUCUCUAUGCGUGCACAGCAAUAAAUUAAAAUCACAAAAACUAGCAGAGGUGACUAAUAAAUCUUGCUUAACGCAGCUCAGCCAAACAAAAGAUGCAACAGCAUGAAAGCAAAGAACUUUUUAUUAAUUGGAAAAACCUCCUAAGCUAGAAAGAAAGUGUUUUAUCAGAUUUGCCAAGCAACUGAUUUUGUAUAUUUCAAAGACGCCUACCAACGACAGCUGGCACCCCGGAUGAAUAAGGUGAAUGAAAACUUCCAGUUGAUCUUCUCUUCAAGCGCUUCUGCAAACAACAAAGUGAAAUUGUACACACAAAACGAUCAAGAUAUAACCAUUCUUAAGAAAUGUUUGGAAAACGACUGAAAGGCUGUUCUACCAAGAGCUGAGAAAUAUAUAAAUUUGUUUUGAAAAUUUUACUUUAUAUUUUGCUUAGAAUGGCGAUUGCUUGGAUUAUAAUUGGGUAUUAAUGAUUAAUCGACGUAGAUCAGUUUAACUAAUAAAACAAAUACGUAAAUUGUAGUUAUAAAUGUCGAAGAAAUUUUCAGUUUAUUUGCAUAUUUCAAAGAUAAAAAGUCAUUGUCUGCCAAAAUCAACCAUACUUUCUUUGCUCGAAUAUUACCUCUUUGCACCUCAAUUACAUCAAAAUCGACUUUGAUGGUUCAGCAAAAUACCAUAGAAGUCAGAAAAAAGAAAUUCUUCCCAACUUGAAACAUUCGUGAAAAUCAAAACUGUCUAAAGGAAAAAAGGGCUUUGCAAAUGUUAUGUUAAAUAAUGCAAAUAUGUGAUAAUUACCGGAAGUUUAGACGAAAUUGAGUUAAUAACUGCUUUUGCUGCAUCGGGGUCUGACACGACACGGCUUGCAUUGCCAGAAAAGUCGAUAGGCACGCGAUAGUCAAUUGACGGACGCUUUCUUCUGAUAACAGAAUCCUGUAGAAAAAUUAGGGGAUUCACUUAAUUUUCCAGAUGGCAAUACAAUAAAAUUUUGUAACACCAAAAUUAACAUGAGUCGUGUUUGCAACAUCGUGCCUUCGGUACUAAAGCCUCAGUGAAAGAAUUGAACAAACUCCGCAUUUCGAUUGUUGGACUCGACUUCUUUUUGAGACCCUGGUAAUCAGGGUAGCAAGGUAGUAGAAAUGGAAAUAGCAAAGAUGCUAGAAAAGAUAGCUGAAAAUCAUGUAAGGAAGUACUUGACGAAGGAAUAGGUAGGUGACAGCCUUAACAUUAAUGAGAGAAACGAGUCACCGAGACUUGUAAAAAGAUGAUUGCCUGUCUAAUCAUUAAGCAAUCCAAUCUAAUCAUCAUGAAUCAUCAAGCAAGCAAGAUUUGCUCUAAAUUUGCUUGAUUAAAAAGGAUGGUACAUUCAGAAUAAGAUAUCUUACCAUAUCAACCGGCGCAGAAACAGUUUUAGCCGCUCUGUUAUCCUGAGUGGCAAUUUUAUAAUUCCUGUACAAUCUCGAGCCAAACUGUAAUUAAAAGAAACUAUUUCAGAAACAGCUUAAAAUAUGUUACCAACAUUAUUGCGAUGAAAUAGCAAAUGCAAAGAGAUAGUAAGCCACUCCAAUAGACAGACAAAUUUCAUGACAUUUAGAAAAAUUCAAUUAAGCUUUGUUAGAUAUGAUAAUUUUUUUCGACAAUAAAAUGAGCGAAUAAAUGAAGUACUAAAAACAAAAUUCAAGUGAUGAUUGUUAGACACACGACGUUUCGAGCGACUCGUUAUCUAAUUUAUUUGCUCAUUAUAUUAUCGUUAUUUGGAUGAAGUAUCACAAGUAAUAGAAAUAGUUAAAUUAUAAUUUAUAGAAUACUUUAUAUCUGAUGUGGAAAAAAUUGGCAAAAAUGGCGGAGACUGAUAGUUAUAGAAUAACGUUGAAUGAAAAAUAUCACAGCAAAAGGUAUAAUUUGCAUAAAGUUGAUAGGUAAAAAAAUACAGCUGAUGGUAUUAGAUUGAGGUACAAAGCAGUGAAAAUUUAGACACAUGCGUGUUGAACCUACAAAGUUGAAAACAAAUGUAAAGUAGUGAUACAAACCCAUUUUAAACAGUUCAAGAAGCCUGUGUUUCCGAAAUGUUUACCCAUUUGUUCUUAUAACAUAAGUAUAAGAAUGUAUAAACCGAGCAAGGUCUUAAUAUUACCGCACGAUUAACGCUAAGGCAUCAUAUGCUGCAAUAAACUAAACUUUUUAUUUACACAUCUCCUAGAAACGAAUUUAUAUACAUUUUAGAAUUGAAAUUUCUUAAAUUCUUCUCCGUUGUAGCCAUGACUGAUUUGAAAGGAUUUAGCUGGGUGGAGUAAAGUACAAAGACGUCUAACAUCAGGCACCUAUAGUGCAUUGAACGCAAAAUCAUAGUAUCCGCUAUAGAAUAUGCUAUAGACAACGUUGUAGAAUUCGCUAUAUCAGAGAACCUGCAAAAUGUUGUUUAUCUUGUCUAAAUGGAAAACAGUGCGACUUCCUAGUCAAGAUUUCGUAUACCAGCAUCAACGUCGCAUCAAAAGAGAAUACACCACGAAUUUAUAAAUUGGUAAGGAAAUGACAAAUGGUAGAGAAUAACUUAAAAUAAAAUCUAGUUUAUUAGGCAAUUUCAAAAUAGUAUAAAAACUGCAAUCGGACAGGGCAGGUGGCCGAGACGGCAUGUAAUUGCUCUCGAUAUACGUGAAUAGUUGCACCAGCAGUUAAGGCGGCAUUGGGUAUUCAUCAGAGCAAUUGUGCAUUUUAUGAUACCAGUAUGCAACUUUAGCACACUUAUUGAUAUGCGGCAAAGCAGGGUCGGAAUCGCGACACGAAAAUCUGCCAUAAUCAGAGCUGCAAUUAGUGUCCUUUCGAGCGACUUGUUUUGUGACUUGAUGCCAUAGAAAGCUCUUGUUAAAAAAGGGGUUUGCAAAAGCAAAUGGUUGGAUCAAUUCUUCUUUUGGAAAGUACGCCAUACUAAAAAACGAGAAAUUAACCAUCGAUAUGAUUUCAUUUGUCGAUUGAAUAUUUUGACAUAUUUGCACUAGUUUUGUGGAUUUACACGCAAGGGAGCUGCACAGCUCUCAUUUUUUCUGCCAUUCCCAUUUUGAUCUUGUAACUAGUGUAUUUAGUAUUAUGUUUAUUUCUACUAGAGUUCAUGAGUAUUAUGACAGUAUGGGCUUACUUUACUGUAAUUUAACCAAAAUUAAAAUUUUUGCUAGUCUCUUACAUAGGGUGGCAUCGUUCUAAGUCUGUGCUUCUUUCUUUUGUCAUUUAAAAACUGGCAAUGUAAUCAAAAGUUCUAUAGAAAAACGUUGGCAUUGCAAAAAGCGAUGGUACAUUUCCCAAACAAAUAAUUGCUUGAAUAAUGCUCUUCCAGUAAUUGAAUUUCCUUAUUUUUGAUAUUUUCGGAAUGAAUGUUGAGAAGAACAAAUUAAAAUCAUCUAAUGAAAAGCAUAGAUGAAGCGAUCUCAAUGGACGUUGCCCAUUUUUUCUGACUGUGUAGAGAGUUUUGCAGCAGAAUUUUUUAAAGGCUUUAUAAAACGCAAGUAAAAAAUGUUUAAAUGUUAAGGUUGUUUAUUGGUUCAGAUCCCCACUUUGAGUUUAUAGUCAUUGACAAUUAUUUGUCAUGAAAACUGCAUUUUUCAUAUCCAAAUUGUUUUCAAAAAACAAAGUGUUUCGCAGAAAAUAGUAUUCCGUACUGUUUUAUUUAAUGUAUUCGUCUAUUUCUGCACAGAAGAGAAUCGGUUGAAUAUGGGUAGACUCAUAUCGCUUCCAAGUGCUCAAAACUAAAUGGCUAAAUGUUCUAUCAUUUAUAUGCAUUUUAUACGCAUACAAUUAUACUUGCCAUUUUCUUAACCGGAAUCUAACGACCUGCUUCAAAAGAACCAAGAUGCUUUGAAAGUUUAUCGUUUUCUCAUGCCACAUCAACUACGAGACCCUACAUUUUGUGAAAUUACAAUAGCUCUCUGUAGACAUUCUAAACAAAACAAAUUGCUCUAAAGAACGGGGCACUAAUUACAGCUUUAAAAAGUACCCCAAUAUGAAUUUUUGAGCUUGAUUUCGACCCCAUUUUCGGUGAUCAAAAGUAAAAAAUUGGUAUUGUGAGGACAUUGCAAACCUUCUAACCAGAUUGGUUUCAUGCCAAAGACUAAGUUAAGAUUAUUUUGAUGUUGCUUGCAAAAGUCAGUCUUAGUGUGACAUUGUGUUAAAUUCUAAAUCAGUAUCAACGGUGCCUUUUAACAUUAAGUGGCAUACAAAAUUCCAAAAAGGAGGAUAUCUUCUUAUAUAACGUUUUCUUUUAUCCAUAACAAACUGUUUAUCAAUUGUUAAAGGAUAGUUGUUCAACCAUUAAGUUUUUCGUUUCAAAGCUAAUCAGAAUUUCUGUGGAAUAGUUCCAGAAAAUAAAGCUAUCACAAGGAUCAGUCUUAUCCCAGUUCUUUUUCUAAUUAGUUUAAACAAUUUUUAUGAAAACCAAACCAUUUUUCCUGGUCAACCCCUACUGGCAUGCUGAUGAUAAUUAAUGAUUUUAGCAGGACAAACACACGUUCAAAAUUAAUCGUUUCGCUGAGUAACAUAUUUUAAAUAAUUGUUUACUAGUAUUCUUGUAUUUUUACUUAUCCAUCUAAAACUAGCAUUC